AUGUUCGAGUUUAAUGAUAGCGCCAUCGAACAUGGCCGGCAGGAUAUCGAAGGAUUAUCUCCUUCGGUCAAAGCAUAUCGCUACAGUGGUAUGAACGAUUUCUGCCAGAUUAUCUUGCUUGAGGAUGAUCGUCUCUAUGGUUCUUUCCGCGUUGGACGAAAGGCAAAAGCGCGGGCAAGUGGUGCAAGUUGGGAAGGACUCAAAGACCAUUCGAUCACGCUGCCACAGACGGAAGACCCCCUUCAAUUCGGCUCGGCGGACAAGCCAAAGCGCAUUCGCACUUUCCACCGCAAUAGGCUUGUAGGUGAGUGUAAUCGUCAGAAUAUCCUUGGUGAGAGAGACAACACUAAGAAUACGCCAGACGAAGAUUAUAGCCCCGAGAAAGAAGACCACAGCGAACACCUUAUCUUCUUUAUUGAACCUACGACCUUCGAGCACGACUUCAUCAACUCGGAUCCUCCUGUUCGUACCAAUACAUUCUUCAAUCCGAAAACGAAGAUCCUUAUCGUCAAAAUGCUCGGCCCGGCGCACGAACAAGCCACAAUGGCUUUCAACGACAUGCUUAUACUGGCCCUUGAGCCAAUGGGCCUGCAUAAAGCAAUUAAAUCCUGGGGAGACACAGUGAUGCUUGCCAUAGAUGGCACAAGGAAGCAGGCAGACGGGGGGAGACCCACGAUUGUUUUGGAGGUCGCCAAUUCGGAGACUUACGCCAAGCUCCGCCGUGAUGCUCAGUACUGGAUAGAUCCGGAAAGACAGGAGGCCAAUGUCGCUAUCGGAGUUAAUCUCCAUACAAAAAGGCCCGAGAUCACGAUCGAUCAGUGGGAAUGGAGCUCCCAAACCUCCCGCUCUAUCAACAGGACUCACUUGACCAUUAGUAGGAAAUCUGAUGGUGCAGUCUACUUUGAUCCCCAUCAUCCUCUACCUCAGCUCGUGAUCCCUUUUGAAUCUCUUUUUCGACGCCCCGCACAAAUCAACGGAGAACGUGAUAUAGUCAUUGGGACACAAGAACUCGUCGAGUUCGCAUCCAUGGUGUGGGAGAUGCAAUUCGAACAAGAUCAAGAAUGA